AGCUGCAGGUUUGAAGGUUAAAGAAGAAGAAGAAGAAGCACCGGCUCGGGUUGAGGUCUGCUGCGGGCUCCAGAGGGCCUCAGGACGGUGUUAGAGUUAGUCUCAGCGGGCUGGUGGAAACAUGGAUCCCAUGAAGGCGCAGCAGCUGGCGGCGGAGCUGGAGGUGGAGAUGAUGGCUGACAUGUACAACCGAAUGACCAACGCCUGCCACAGGAAGUGCGUACCACCACAUUACAAAGAGGCGGAGCUGACGAAGGGCGAGUCGGUGUGUCUGGACCGCUGCGUGGCCAAAUACCUCGACCUCCACGAGAGGCUGGGCCGCAAGCUGACGGAGCUGUCGGUGCAGGACGAGGAGACGAUGAGGAAGGCCGCCGUGGGCAGCGGAUAGAGACGCUACAGCAGAGCAUCAUGGGGGAUUAAAGGGUUAAAGGGGGGCCAGGUUGUGUUUUAAUGAGUGGGUGGGAUUUGUUGGGGAAAUUAUAAAAAAUGUGAAAAAUAUGCUGUUGAGGGUUCACGGAGAGAAAACUGCAUCCUGAUACAUAAAACGGACUGGAGGAUCACUGGACCUGAUGGAGGGACGACAUGUUGACCUGCUCCACCAGCCGCUCUGGAUCAGUCGGACUAGUUUACUGUCCGCUCGGCCUUCAAGACGUUACUAACAGGAGAAAAGACUUGUUAUCUCUUAUACUUUGUGCUUGUUUUAGCUGUUUGGUACGGAGGUCCUGAGAGCUCAAAACACAAACAAACUGAGAAAACAUCUUCAUCAAUUUGACAACACAAGAGCAGCAUUUAGAAAACGCUGCAACGACCACAACACAACAGAAGUGUUUCCAGAGGACACUUUAGAGUGAUGCACACGUCUGGACAUGCUAAUGUUAGCGGCUGAUCAUAGCGUACUAACUUUAGCGGCUGAUCAUAGCGUGCUAGCGUUGGCGACUGAUCAUAGCGUGCAAACUUAAGCAGCUGAUCAUAGCAUGCUAGCGUUAGCGACUGAUCAUAUCGUGCUAACUUUAGCGGCUGAUCAUAGCAUGCUAGCGUUAGCGACUGAUCAUAGUGUGCUAACUUUAGCGGCAGAUCAUAGCAUGCUAGUGUUAGUGGCUGAUCAUAGCCUGUUAACGUUAGCCGGUGCUUGAUAGCAUGCUAGCGUUAGUGGCCAAACAUAACAUGCUAGCUUUAGCGGCUGAUCAUUGGGUGCUAACGUUAGCGGCUGAUCAUAGCGUGCUAGCGUUAGCGGGCUAGCAAGACCAAGACCAACUCAGUGCCGUUGAGAGAGACCAACUAAAACGUGUAUCGUUAAUUUAUUUGGUUUGUUUAACUGCAAUGUGAUUGAUGCGGGCUAAUGCUAUAUAUCACGAUAUAACAUGAAAAUAUAAUUAUCAUGAAAUAAUGUGAUAAUUUCACAUUAAAUCGUUGAAACAUGAAAUUAUAAUUAUCUAUAAAUAACGUGAUAAUAUCAUGCGUGUCCAGACGUGUGCAUCACUUUUAAGUGUCCUCUGGAAACACUUCUGUUGUGUUGUGGUCUUUGCAGCAUUUUCUAAAUUUCUUGUGUUGUCAAAUUGAUGAAGAUGUUUUCUCAGUUUGCUUGUGUUUCGUGUAUUUGAUGUGUUUAGUUGCAGCGCUGUGAGCUCUCAGGGCCACCGUAGCUUGCUCUGUGUCGGGUUAAAACAAACACCAAGAAUGAUUCGAUUUUAGUCUUUGUCCGUCUCACCCUUUGAAUUCUGGUGUUUUUUUUGCUUGUUUGAAAGAGGGUCAAAGUAAACAUAAGCACUCUUUACAAAUUGCAACACAUGUUUUAACAGGUUGUCUGUUAUGCAGACAAGUAGUGUCAGUUGUGUACAAACUUUAAAUACAGUAGUCAGAUACAUGGAUCAUGGUUUCAUGAUCAUGGUUUGUCUUUUAUACAAAGACACUAUGCAUAGUUUACUCUCUCUCUCAGCUCUGGAUGGUGAAAUUAUACUUUAACAGACUACCAGCAGACUGUUCUGGCUACGAGGACGUGUCUGAAGAUGGACUGAAUCAUUUUGCUUGUGUAGAGUGUUGUUGUGUAUGUCAGUGGACCAUGUUUUUGACUGAUAUGUUUUUUUUUUCAUGUGCUAACCACUGUGUCAGUGACGCAGCUUUUUAUCUGCAGAUUGGAGAAGCUGCACAGUGUUAUUUAGUUAUAAUAAAACAAUGUCAUACUUCACUGUUUUAACAUCACGUGUUGUCAGUGGUUUAAUGACUAAGUAAAUUUACUCAAGUUCUGUCUUUAAGUACAA